AUGAAUAAUACAGCUACAGCAAGACCAAUUACAAACGCUACAAUCUCAUCAUCUUCGGACCAUCUUUAUUCCUUUUUUGUGAAUCCCGUUAGUGUUGUUCUAUUCUAUCAGAUCGGUUAUCCCAUCACAUUUUUACUUGGUUUUCUUGGUAAUGUAUUAAGUUUAAUAACCUUUUCACGCUCAACAUUACGAAAGAUAUCAACUGGAUUGAUUAUAAUGAUAUUGAUUCUUAUCGAUAUUGUCAUUAGUGUUCGCAUUCGUAAACGAACUGUAAUUCAACCAACUCAAACUCUGCGUGAAAACAACAAAACAAAUCAACAAAGAGAUAUUCAGUUACAAAUGUUCAUUCUUACACUUACAAGUAUUAGUAUUUUUCUGAUUACUACACUUCCGAUAUCAGUUUACAAAAUCACAGCACCAAGUGAGGCGCUACUAUUUGUAAGCUCAUUUUAUCAAGUUGUGACAGUUUGGACAGGAUUAGGAUGGUUUCAAAGUCUUAAUUAUGCGAUGAACUUUUACAUUCAUUGUCUUACUUCAAGAUUGUUUCGUAAAGAAUUUAAGCAACAAAUGAAAUUUAUAUGUGGUCGUAAACAAACUCGUGUGAAUGCAAUAGAACUUAAUAAAAGAGCACAACAUCCUCAAGUCAAUCAGCAAUGA